CCGCACCGCGCGGCGCCGCGGGCAAAUCCUGCCCUCUGCUGCCCCCCGGCGGCGGCGGCCGGCGCAGCCGCGCGCUCCUGCUCCCACGAGUGGGCUCCAGCUCCCACGAGUGGGCUCCUGCUCCCACGAACGGCCAUUUGCCCUCCCCCUCUACCCCCGGGGAUGCUUGCCCGGUGCGGGGGGGGAAAGGGGAGCUCACCUCUCCUUGCAAAGUAGCAGUGCCUUCCUCCUCCUCCUCUUCCUCCUCCGGCAGCACCUGAUGCGCUGAGGCUUCUUGACACCCCCCCCCCCUCCCCGAACCCUGUCCCUCUCUCCUCCUCCUCCUCCUCCUCCUCCUCCCCAGCCCGUCCCACAGCCCCCCCCUUCCCCUCCGCUGCCGGAGCUCUCUCUUGCAACUGGGAGAAGCCGCCCGGAGCCGCCCAGCCCUCCCGGCCGGUGCCCAGCGCGGCCCCCGGCCUCCCCCGGAGCAUGCGAGGGCGGCGGGGGGGCUCCUCGCUGCCUGCCGCCCCGGCUGGGCAGGAGGCUCGGGUGAGCGGCGGCGAUCUGCCGCGCGGCCGGGGCCGGGAGGCCGGGAGGGAGCGCAGCCCCCGCCCGAUGUGAAACGGGGCGAGGGGAGAGGGGGCGGGUGGUGGGGAGCCGGGCACCCAGCCUCCCCCUCCCUCCUUCUCUCCUUGCCAGGGAGAGGAGGAGGAGGACGAGGUGCUGAGCGAGGCUCGGAGGGGGCUGCGGGGAUCAUGCCGGGGGGGCUGCGCCUCGGCAUCGCUUUCGCCGCGGACGCAUCGCCCUCCAUGGAGCCCGGACUUUUUCUACAAUGACUUUCCCCGAGCUGAGCAAUGCCAGCUUGAGUGGGAACCAGACAGGGCAGGGCAGCCAGAGCAGUGCCAACCAGUCCUGGGGGCUGCAAGCUGAGGACCUAUCCGAGGGCAAUGGGACCACGCUGACUUUCGCCUUGGAUGUGCAGGCAGUGGGCGUCGGGGUUUUCCUGGCUGCCUUCAUCCUCUCAGCCAUUGUGGGGAACAUCCUAGUCAUCCUCUCCGUAGCCUGCAACCGGCACUUGCAGACAGUCACCAACUACUUCAUCGUCAACCUGGCCAUUGCCGACCUGCUGCUCAGCACCACUGUGCUGCCCUUCUCAGCCACCCUGGAGGUGCUGGGCUUCUGGGUGUUUGGGCGCAUCUUCUGCAACAUCUGGGCAGCAGUGGACGUGCUGUGCUGCUCCGCCUCUAUCAUGAGCCUGUGCAUCAUCUCUGUGGACAGGUACAUUGGCGUCAAGUACUCUCUCAAGUACCCCACUAUCAUGACAGAGAGGAAGGCAGGGGUCAUCCUUGUGGUGGUCUGGCUGUCCUCCAUGGUCAUCUCCAUCGGGCCACUGCUGGGAUGGAAGGAGCCACCACCACCAGAUGAAAGCAUCUGUAGCAUCACAGAGGAGCCGGGUUAUGCCCUGUUCUCCUCCCUCUUCUCCUUCUACCUGCCCCUCAUGGUCAUCCUGGUGAUGUACUUCAGGAUCUACGUGGUGGCUAGGCGGACCACCCGGAGCUUGGAGGCAGGGGUCAAGAAAGAGAGGAAUAAAUCCAUGGAAGUGGUGCUGCGCAUCCACUGCCGGAGUGUGCUGGAGGAGCCUCUCUCCAGCGCCCGGAGCAAGGGGCACAACUUUAGGAGCUCCCUCUCCGUGCGGCUCCUCAAGUUCUCCCGCGAGAAAAAAGCAGCCAAGACUCUAGCCAUUGUCGUGGGCGUUUUCAUCCUCUGCUGGUUCCCCUUCUUCUUCGUCCUGCCUUUCGGUUCUUUCUUCCCAUCUCUGAAGCCCUCAGACAUGGUCUUCAAGGUCAUCUUCUGGCUGGGAUACUUCAACAGCUGCGUGAACCCAAUCAUCUACCCUUGCUCUAGCAAAGAGUUCAAGCGAGCUUUCAUCAGGCUACUCAAGUGCCAAUGCCGCCGGAGAAGGAGGCCCAUCUGGCGGGUCUAUGACCACCACUGGCGAGGGACCUCCAUGAACAGUUCCGGGCGAGACUCUGAGGCAGACCUGAGACCCAGAAUUAACACCCUGAACAGUUCAUUCAUAUUUAACUCUUCCUUGCAGGAAAGAGUCAGUAAGAGAAGAACACUCAGCUUCAAGGGCUGGAAAAUGCUCACACCGUUCCAAAAACCAGCAUCCACCCAGCUGAAGGAAAAAAUGAACAGCCUUUCUAACAAAAUCCGGGGUGGCUCCAGCAAAGGAGGGAUGACAGCCGCCUACAAAACAGAGGUGGAGUCUGUUUCCAUUGGGAUCCCUCAUGACUUCACAGAAACCAUCGACUAUCAAACCUAUGACUUAACAGACUGCUGUGGGCUGAGAGAAACAGAUAUUUAAAGUCCCUGGGAUGGCUGUUGAUGGUUUCUUUAGAGGUAUCUAGCAGAAACACAAAGGGAUGUCAUCUGUAGGUCUGUCAGGCAGACUGGAAGCAGCAAUCAGGUAUAAAACAUGGUCACUCAAAGGUUAUACAAGCAUCUCCCACAUGGAGGUUAGCCCCUUCUUUGGGAUUAUGCGUUCCUCAAAUAAGAACCAAUGGCAUAUCCCAUUUUAAUGAGCCAUGGCAGAAGGGGGAAGAUGUGGGGUUGAUAUGUGGGGCCUUAGGAAAAGAACUGUUUCCUCCAAUGGGAUGGUUAUCUGUCUUUGGAAGAAACUGUGCAAUUAAGGGAAAUCAGGAUAUCUCCUUUGCCUUAAAAACAACAUAAAAUACAAUAGAAAGAUAAUACCCCAGAAGAUGCCAACCUUGCCUUAGCACAUGUGACCACAUUUCUUUCCAGAGGUGGCAUCUAGAAAGGAGGCUGUCAAGUGGUAACUGGCAGCUGGCUCUUCAGUCCAUGGGUUGGGAGCUUGCAGACCGCAGGGCUGGACAAGACCUCUAGCCCAGGUCUUUGUUCUCCAGGGCAAGAACACUGCAGUGUUCCCAAGCAGGCUGGGGAGGACCAUGGCUCUCAGUUGUUGUGUCUACAAUGACCACAGCUUUGCCAGGUCCACGUAACAUGGCUUUAGGUCAGAGCAGCUGUCCCAAUUUAUACACUGAUGCCAAUGGAUAUGAGGGUCUCUCUUCUCUAGUUCUAACCUACUACGCUUUUCUCAUUUCACCUUUGAGUCCAAAAUGAGCUGGCAAUCUGCCUUGCUAUAGUGCCCUUCCCUCUGUAAUACAGAGAGAAAGCAAUUCCUUCUGAUGUCGGCCAUCCUAGGCUUUUUCUCUCCCCUUGUUACUCUGAAUUUCCAUCUCUCUCAAAGAAUAUUAAAUAAAGAUGCAUCCUAGGGGCUCAGCUCAGGUCCAAACUCAGCCUGCCCUAUGGCUCAGGAAAUGUGGGAUGGUUGAGUCUGAGUCCUAUUUUUACUGGUCAAAGCUGAAAUGGAGCUGAAGUGCAAUGAGAGCUCCCUCGUGUAAACACAUCUUGUUCCCAGUCAGGAUAAUAUCCAUGACUCUUCUCCCAGGUGACUUCACAUGUGCUUGACAUUGAAGCCUUUGGUGGUUAUCAGUAAUUGACCUUCUUUGUAUCUGCUAGUGUGGACAAAAAAUGAUGUCAAUAAGGGUUUCUUUUCUCCACUUACAGUCCUGGAGUGUGAGCUCCCCACAGGAAGGCACCAUGACUUCCUCGCUGGGAUAAUAAAGUGACAGAGCUGUGACAACACAGCCUACCCCAACCAGGCUCACUGCACCUUGUGCUUUGCUGCUCAGAAAUCUAGUUGCUCGCACUCUGCUCAGCCAUGCAUUUCAGGCACUGAUUUUAUCACAUUCCAGACAGACAAUGAGCCCAGGAGUUUUCAUAACAUAUGAACAUUAGAUUUAGCAGUGGGCCCAAGCCCGAGACACUCAGAUGCUGGAGAGGAAGUCUGAAUCGGAGGCAAAGCAUUUCAAGCCCAGUCUACAAGGUAAAUAAAGAACAGGAACAUGAAGUCCAGGGAUGGAGGUAUGAUACUGAAUGCAUACUGGGUGGAAACUCACCCACAUCAGCGCUGUCCUCCAAACCCAUUAGGGGUCUUUCAUGAAUGGAGCCUAUCUAACUAAUCAUCCUAAGGGUGACUACCAAAAGAGAUGAAAGGCUUUUACUUUUCAAGGGAACAAGAGUGACAUAUUGCAUACUGAGAUAUGGUAUCCUGAGUGUUCCCCAUCUGCACACCCAUAACACCCUUCUGCCCUUCACUCAAUGCAGUGGACUCUAUACUGGACAAAUUACUGCACAAACAUUUGCAGAUUUUGUCCAAGUAUUUUCCCCCCAGAAACUAACCCCAUCAAGAAGCCUGAGCAGCACCACACUUGUGCUGAAUCCAAACUCAUUACUGCUUGCACAUGUUUGCAAAACUAGUCAGAGAUUUCCAGCUUGCAAGGUUCAAACCUACCAAAACAAGUGCCCAAGACCCCUGUGGGGAAAAGUAUUUUUCUUUUGCUGUUUCUUUGGCCUUCAUGGGAAGUGAGACCCUGUGUGAUGAUGGGAUAACACAGAACGUCAUUUUGCAGUGUAAGGAUUGCUCUUUCCACUGGUUCCUGGAAAAUUUUGGAUUUAGGUGCCCAUCUUGAGGGGAGAGCACACCCACCAUUCCCACUGCUGGCAAUGGAGAUUCAGUGGGGAAGUCAUCAGGAGCACUAGGAGAGGGUAGUUGCUGAAGAGUUUUCCUGGCCAGAGUGGAGGUGCCUGGAAGGACACUCGUGAGGCAUAAUAAGGGUUGCUCCUCUUUCAUCUCACCUUCCUCUCUGGAUGCAUGUGCACACAUAGUACCAUCAGAGGGAGUAAAUACACCCGAUCGGCAUUUUUUGGCCCCUUCUGGUGACAACAUUUUGCAGGUCUGACACAUGCAAGUGUAAUGUAAGCAAUUUCAAGGCACAGUUUAGGAUGAGCUGAUGCAAACAUAAUCAGGUCCUGAGAUUAUUCAAAAUGUUAACUGCACAAACAGAGGUGAAAGUCGGGUCAAUGGGAAGGUGGACAUCUGCUGUUAAAUGCUCUCUGAUGCUCUGGAUUGUUUUUAUCUGAUGUCUCUCAGCCUCAGUGGGAAUCCAGCCAGACAUCCAUAGUAUGUGGCAACAUAUGUUCAUCCAUGACCAUGUAGAUACAAGUACACAUUUUACUACACCUGUGUAUAUAGUCAUCUCCAAAAUGGCAGACCUUCUCCUAUGAAGUGGAGGUUUGCGGGGGUUUUUUGCAUCUGCCGGCAAGCAGUUUAUUCCCAAGGAGGAGCUAAAAAUAUUGCUUACACUUCACCCUGAUCUUUCAAAUUUACUUCUUUCAUCUUUCCAAUUUCAAAACAUUUACAGCCUCCAGUCACUUGAAAGCGUCAGGUAGAGAAAGGAGGAAAGAUCUGGGGUUUUACUGCCUCUCCAACCCAAUUCUUUGUAGAGUUACAGGAGAGAAAAAGAGGGUAAAGUUUAAGCACAUGGAUGUGCCUGCACUUAAUAGAGUCCCAAAGGUUGCGCUAGUACAUAUUAUGGGAAAGUCCUGAACUCUGCUGUGCUGCAUUCAAGCAAAACACCUGCUUCCCAUUUAAACCCAGGCCCUCCCUUUCCCCUUGGCAGUGUGGUUUAGCAAAACGCACCAGCAGGGGCAAUGCCUGGAUGGGGCUCUGAAGCUGGAUGUGUAGAGCUUCGAGUAGAUCGGGGCUGUCUUUGCUGGCCGGGGAGGAAAUAUGGCCUAGGUGUCUAGACCUGUGCAUUUUACUCUAAAUCCCUUAACCUCAGAGCUCUCCCAGCUUUGGGAAAACAGGCUCACACCUUCAGGUGAUAAAUUUGCUCCAAUUCCAUUGGGUUCUCUGGGCUCACAACAGUGUGACCAGCCAAGGUUAUGGCCCCAUUUCUCCAAAUUUGCCAAGCAGACCAUUGCCCAGAGCACCUGUACCUGGGUUACCCAGCAGCUCUCGUCUCAUCAUGCUGGCUUGUGUGUCACUAUUGCAUCACCAGACCUUGCUGCUUCAGCAAACCUAGUGUUAAGGGUGGUGAACAGUGGCUUUUAUUUCAGUAGACCCUCAUAAGUCCUGUUCAAGGAGGAAGGAAGACCUCUGUCAGCCUGAGCUGAACUGCAGUUGGGUUGCAUUACUAUUGUUUACAGUGUGUAUAUAAGUGUACAUUUUCUUUAGCAGACAUUGGAAUUUUUUAUGUAUAGAUUUUUAUUUUUCAUCCUCAGAUGUAUUUAUUAGCCAGAGUUUUUCUGUUUUGUGAUUCAAGUUAUGUUGCAUUGAUGUAAGCUCUAUGAAACAGAAUGCACAUAUUUUUGUUUGUUUGUUUGUACCAAAUACAUGCACAAACCUGUCUAAAA